CAGGCCGAUGGAUCGCCUGUCGAGCUGGUACCAGUUUGGAUAGGGGGCAGUGCCCAUCUCAACCUGCGAUAGCUCCAAGUGCCUCACCCAUUGUGCCUUCAGCAGAAUGUGCCCCCGGACCCUCUCCAUUCGCUUUCUGGUGGAGUGUGAUAACACCGUGCUCCGGGAAGGCCCUGUCGCUGGCCUGAGAGGUCACUGUUAACGCAAACAGGCGUCUCGAGAGACCGGCUGGACCUGCCUUAGCCUCACCCCAGGCAUCCAAGGAGGCAUUUCGGGAGGGGUCAGUGUCAGGGGCUGGGUGGGUGAUGGCUAGCUGAAGACUGGACCACCAGCAAGCGGUAACCGUGCGCCAGGAAGGAUUUUCCUGUCGCUGCUGUAGACACGCAAGACCGGACGAUGCUGAUGAAGGUCCCGUCCAAGGUGCGCUACCUCGCCCUCCUGGUGUGCGUACAGCUCAUGGUCAUAGUGCUGCUGUACCGCGAGGGGUCCCGUCAGAGAGUGGCAUACCUCCUCGGUGUCCUGUGGAGGGGUGGGACCUCGCCCGUGUCCUUCCAUCCCAACGCCUCCCGGGUCGGAGACGUCUAUUUGAACCUCAGCCUGAUCACUCGGCCGAUCGUCGGCGAGGACCAGCUCCCAUAUUGUCCAGAGAUCUCACCAUACCUGGGAGGUCCGAUCCGAGUAAGCUUCCCGAAGGAGCUAACGCUGGAGGAGGUGAAGAGGAGGAACCCCUACCUGAUGGCGGGGGGGAAGUACAAGCCGCCUGACUGCGAGUCGACGCACAGCACAGCGGUGAUCAUCCCCCACCGGAACCGGGAGCAGCACCUCAAGCACCUGCUCUACUACCUCCACCCGUUCCUGCAGAGGCAGCAAUUGAAUUAUGGCAUUUACAUCAUUCACCAGGCUGGAAACCACACCUUCAACAGGGCCAAACUGCUGAACGUGGGCUUCAAAGAGGCGAUGAAGGAGGCAGACUGGAACUGCCUCUUCUGUCACGAUGUGGACCUCAUCCCCGAGGACGAUCGCAACAUCUACACCUGCGAGGCGAACCCCAAACACUCCUCCAUCGCCAUGGACAAGUUCGGCUACAAGUUGCCUUACAGAACCUACUUUGGUGGUGUCUCAGCCCUCACUCCCGAUCAAUACAUGAAGAUCAAUGGAUUCCCGAAUAAUUAUUGGGGCUGGGGGGGUGAAGACGAUGACAUAGCAUCCAGAAUCUACCUGAAUGGGAUGAUGAUCGUGCGCCCAGCAGUGCAGUUUGGCCGGUACAAGAUGAUUAAACACUCUCAUGACAAAGGGAACGAGGAGAACCCAAAAAGGUUCAAUCUGCUAGCAAAGACCAGACAGUCUUGGAAAGAGGAUGGAAUGAACAGCCUGGAAUAUCUUGUUCUCUCCAAGGACCACCUGCCCCUCUACACCAACAUCACCGUGGACAUUGGCAGCGAGAAAGGGCUUUGGCACGCUACAUGACCUACGCCCCCCACCCCCCCGCCCAACCCCUCUCCACACCCACCCCCUCCCGAAAUCAGGCAGGGUCUGGGGGAAGAGGGGGCACUCGGAGAGAUGCACAACACUGAGAUACAUCAGCAACCCUGGGAAGCCAACAAAAUCCCCCAACUAAAGGCUGAUGAGGAGCCUCGGAGUGGGAGGUUAUGUCUAGUUAUGCAGUGGUCACGCUGACUCGAACUUGGUUUCUAAUCACAUUCUCCUUGGACACUUCUCACGCGACGAUUACCCGUUGACAUUGGGUCAGGGGGAUAUUCUCCACCAGUGAGGCCCCUCUUUCUCGUUGACGUUCCUGUAUUGACAAGGGAAUCUCUCCUCGGCGACAGUCUGCGUCUGGAACUUGAUAUUUCGUUUUGUUUGUAGAAGCACAUUAUCUGAAUCUAUAUCUUUAUAUAUAUAUAUAUAUAU